AUGCACGAGCAGCUCGCUUUUCUCCGACAAUCACCUCGCACAAGCUCACUCCCUUUGGCAUGUUCGUUCGAAGGCGAAAGCGGGGAAGUAGAGCUGAACUACUGGCCUGCCAAAAGAGGAUGCGAAUCACCACCUGAACAUCUCACACUUUUCAUCCUAGGUAAUCCCGGUUUGUUGGGCUACUACCCUCCCUUUCUCACCCACCUUCAUUCCCUCCUCCCUCCCUCUCACGCUAUCCUAGCUACAUCUCACAUAGGUCACUCCACGAUCAUCCCCGGUCCGAAAGAACCAUUUGAUCUUCCUCAGCAGUUGCAAAGCAAAAUCGAACUGGUCCAAUCCCUUCGAAGAUACCUGGACGACUGGUCAAGCGAAAAUGGCAAAAUCGGCGAAAAUCCCAAAUUGAGCUUGAUGGGUCAUUCGGUCGGUGCAUGGUUAUCAUGCGAAGUGAUGAAAUCGCUCAACACGAGUUCGAAUCCAGUUGAAUGGCCUGUGCAGAGUGGGUAUCUGUUGUUUCCGACUUUGGGGUGGAUAAGUAAUACAUGGAAUGGAUGGACUUUAUGGCCAAUAUUCCAUAGACCCUUCAAACCUCUACUUCCCCUUCUCUCACCUCUUGUUCGACCUAUUCUGCCUUAUACAUCCUUACCACCCACAUCCAUCGCCUUGGUCAACUCUCCGGAGAUCAUCAGGCAUGUCUUACACCUCUCGCGAUCGGAGAUGGACCUGAUCCGAGAUCUAGAUAUAGAGUGGUAUCGAUCGCAGAAUGUAGAAGAUCAGCGGAGAGGGUUAUUCGGGAUAUGGGCAAAAGGAAACCUAGAUGGCUGGGUGGGUAAAGAUGGGCCGUUGGUGCAAGAUGCAUUGGGUGGAGAAGAGGGUGAUAGAGUGAGGGUGUUGGAUGGGGUACCGCAUGCUUUCUGUUUGACACAAGAAAACUCGGAACUGGUAGCUGAAGUGGUGGCGAACUGGAUAAACCCCUCAUCCCCUCAUGGACCCUUGGACUCCCCCACAACACACCCGAAAGAACCCCUUGGAUCGGACAUCAUGCCGAUGUAG